AUGGCGCCUUUAAGGACCAGAGACUUACCUGCAUCGCAGAACGAUCCGUUACCUACUGUCUUCACCUGUCUCUUCUGCAACCACGAGAAGUCGGUUACCGUUAAGAUCGAUAAGAAGCUUGGUGUUGGCGACCUGGAUUGCAAGGUGUGCGGACAAAGAUUCCAAUGCGGUGUCAAUUAUCUCUCAGCCCCAGUCGACGUUUACAGUGAAUGGAUUGACGCAGCAGACGCUGUCGCCAAAGAUAACAACACCGGAGGUGGUUCCGCAUCAGUUCCUGCCUAUCGCUCAGGACCUAAACAGCCAGCUGCCGGUCGUUAUGAGGACGACGCUGAAGAAGGUUAUGAGGGUGAAGGCAUUGUUCCUGACGAGGAAGAGGACUGA